UCUAACGGACUUUGGAGUAUUUAGGAGAGAAAUCAGUGGGCAAAACAACAGAGAAGCGCCUCAUACGGCACCAGACAAGGGAGCUUUCAAGGCUUCUCCAACAAAAUACAGAAAACCUCAAAGCUCUAAAUGACCUAAAUAUGUAGAGACACAAGCCCGCUGUCAUUUUUGUUCGGUUAUAGUGCUCUUUUCUUUGUGCUGGUUUAAAUUUGGCUCGUUUUUCGGUGCAGAGAAAACACAAAGCGGCGCGACAUUCAGGCAGCACAGAGGAAGAGCGGGUUGGGUUGAGUCUUUACGGUUCUCAUGCUGUGUUUAAGUACCGCCUCUGACAAUCUAUUCGUCAGACUCUCAGUGAGGUUUGUGGAUCAACGUCGAAGAUUAUGGCAGAAGUUGUACCAGUUCCAGCCGCAGAUGCCGCUCCGCCGGCCAAAGCACCCAAAGCAACAAAGGCCGCCAAGGCACCCAAGGUCGCCACAACACCCAGGAAGAAACCGAGUACAUCGCACAAGAAGCCUGUCAGCGCUCUGAUCCUUGAGGUGGUGGGUCAGAACAAGAGCCGCUCCGGGACGUCUUUAGUUAAUCUCAAGAAGGGUUUGGUUGCUGCGGGAUACGACGUGGAACACAACAACACCCGCGUGAAAAAAGGCCUCAAGAAUCUGGUGGACCGCGGCGAACUAAUUCACACGAAAGGAGUCGGAGCCUCCGGAUCAUUCAAGAUCAACAAGGCCGCACCUAAGAAGGAGAAGAAAGAGAAGAAGAUCGCCGCCAAGAAAUCCGCUCCCAAAGUCAAAGCGGUUGCUCCCGCGAAAUCCGCAGCAAGCAAGAAGGUGGAUAAGAAGAAGACGACCGUUAAAAAGACAUCGGCGAAGAAGAGUCAGAAGCCAAAAAGUUCCGUAAAGCCAGCGAAGAAGGCACCGAAGACCAAAAAGAGCAGCGUGAAGCCGAAGGGGGCCAAAAAGCCGGCAGUCAAAAAAGCAGCUGCAAAGAAGACUGCGGAAUCCAAAACCAAGAAGUGAGGUGCUGAAAAACUCAAAAACAACAAACGGCUCUUUUAAGAGCCACCCACCUUUUUCCCCAAAAGAGCAUCCUUUAAUGUAAAGUAAACUGUAAUAUGGACUUAUGUGCAUAUAGGGCACGAGUUUCCUGCAGAAAUGUUUUUAACGGUGUAUCGUUGAGAUAAAAAAAAAAACAUUGUUCAGCUUCGAAAGGUGAAAAUUGCAUUUAUUUUGACUUUUUUUUUCAAAAACUUUAUUUCAACAAAUACAAUAACAAACGAACAAAACACAAGGGCAAAGAGAUAUACAAGAAAAAUAAAAGUUGAAGUUCCUUAUGGAGGUGUCAACAUUGUUUCUGUGUUCAACAAAAUAGUUCGUUUUCACUUCACACUUUUUUACAUUUGUAACUUUAUUUUUUUGAUUGAGAAGUUGUGCAACACAGUGCAUUUUUUUUAAAGAUCAUUUAUUUUGACUCGAUUUAACAGAAGCUACCAGUGACGUUGCUGUAUGACGCGGCUCCUGAUUGGUCAGGCGUUUCUGGCGCAGGUUGGCGCCCAUACACCGUCUGAAUCACCGCUGCUUUGAUGGAAUAAGUUAGAAUAUCAUUUCACUUAACCUCAGUGCCUUUAGAAGUGUGAAGACACCGGGGGACAUGGAAGGAAAUCCAUGAAAAAAUGGGAGAACAUAGAAAACGUACUCAGAAACACAGUGCACAUAGCUUCCAUAUAAUGGGGCCUAGAGACCCCAAAUCAUUGCAGGACGGUGCAGGAAAGUAUUUUAAGUUGAGGUGUGUCUGAUUAGUUUCACAUAGCAGAGACAUCCUGCAUUGAUUUGGGGUCUCUAGGCCCCAUUAUGUAGAAAUUACUUUUCCAGAGAAAAUCAAGGGAUUUAAAAAAAAAAAUCAUUAAAAAAGAGAAGAUAUAGGGAAACCUUUUAAGUUCAGGUGUGUGUCUGAUUAGUUCCACAUAAUAGAACCAUGCUGCAUUUAUUUGUGGUCUCUGGGCCCCAUUAUAUAGAAGCUAUUGAAGGGAAAAGAGGAAUUAAAGGAUUAAAAAAUUACUAUAAAAUAGAAGAUUCAAAGAAAUCUUUUAACUUGUUACAGUUUUUAGAUAUUGUUAUGGUUUUAGGCUAGGUGGUGUGUUUUUAUGUGCUAUUGUAUUAAUUGCAUUUUAUGCUUUUUAAACUAUGAUUUUAGCCUUCUAUGGUAUUUAUGUACUAAUUGUGCAAUUAGUAUUAUUGUGGUUUUAAUUAUUACUAUAGAUUUUAAUAUGUAGGACUGCUUUUUUGCAUUUACGCAAUAUCUCUAAAAUCAGAAAGGUCUUGUCUCAGAGUGAUGCUGA